AAAUCCGAGUGCAUUGCAACAUUGCUGAGCUCUCCAUCGCCAUAGCCAUUACUACGCAGCUCGCCUGUCUCGUUAGUGUGCUCUGCUUGCGGACCUGCCAAUGCCCCGCUCCCUUCCCUUCUCCGCGCGGUUUGGCGUUUCGAUGAGCCUCUGGAGGGGUCUGCCGUAGCGGGUUCUCGUUGUCUUGGGCAUUGAUCGGGUGCAUUGAUGUAGGGGUUCAAGUUUAAAUUUCCUGAAUGUAUUGGAUUGGUGCUCCAAGGGAGCCAGGUUCUUCGUCGUAUCAAGGAUAAUUGUCAGAUUCUUCACGAAUUUAAGGUGCUUGAUCAGACAUGAGAAUGAUCGAGCUAUGAAGCAACGAGAGUCUCGUUAACGGUGUGCUAAUUCGGGUGGUGUAUAUCUGUUAGUCAACAUCGAACAAGACCUGCCUCUAGAUGGCGAGCAUGAUGGAAACAGAUAGUGAAGCAACAGCAAAUGGAGCAGAACCACCAGCUCCAGCAGCCGCCCCCCUUUCUCAGGCUUCACGUGUUAAUGAUCGUCUUGCUGAGUCUCUUAGGCUGGAGCAUCAGCUCGUCAAGGUUCCAUUUGAGCAUUUGAAGAAAGCCAUGCGGGUGAAUUCCCGUUUGGUGGAGAAGGAGGUGAAUGCUGUGUAUGCUGGUGUGGCUGAUGCCAUUGACAAAGAUAUGUCUAAAGAGGAAACGUUACAUCGCCUCAGUGCUCUAGCCUCUCGUUUGCAAGGCCUCAAACGUAAGUUGGAUGAGAGCAACAAAGGUGAGUUAGUUGAAGUGCAAAGGUGUCGUGCUAGGUUGGACCACUUAAGCGUGCUUCAGGGCCAAAAUGGUAAGGAGAAUGAGCUCGAGUGGAAUAAUACGCGAGUGCAGCGUAUCUUGGUUGACUACAUGUUACGAAAUUCUUAUUAUGAUACAGCCCUUCAAUUAGCAAACCUGAACAAUAUUCAGGAACUUGUGGAUGCUGACAUCUUCUUGGAGGCUCGAAAGGUUAUUGAGGCUCUGCGGAAUCGGGAUUGCACUGAAGCACUUGCAUGGUGCUCUGAAAACAAGUCUAAGCUCAAGAAAUCUAAGAGUAAGCUUGAGUUUAAGCUGAGGUUACAAGAGUUCAUGGAAUUGGUGCGGGCUGAGAGGAUGAUGGAUGCUAUUAUGUAUUCUCGCAAGCAUCUUGCCGUAUGGGGCUCUACCAACAUGAAAGAGCUUCAGCAAGUCAUGGCUACUCUAGCUUUCAAGAGUAAUACGGACUGUGCUGCCUAUAAGAUUCUUUUUGAUACGCAGCAAUGGUAUAAUUUGACUCAACAGUUCAAGCAGGAGUUUUGUAAGUUAUAUGGCAUGACUCAUGAGCCCCUGCUCAAUAUCCAUCUCCAGGCUGGACUUUCGGCGCUCAAAACGCCAUUCUGUUACGAGGAAGGAUGCACCAAAGAGGAUCCUUUGUCGCAAGAAACCAUUCGUAAACUUGCGGAUCCUCUGCCAUUUGCGAAGCAUAUUCACAGCAAGCUGGUGUGCUACAUUACUAAGGAGCCUAUGAACGAAAACAACCCGCCUUUAGUAUUGCCUAACGGCUAUGUGUACAGUACCAAGGCAAUGGUACAGAUGGCAAUGGAGAACCAAGGCAAGAUCACAUGCCCAAGGACUUCAGUUGUUUGUAAUUUUUCUGAACUUGCUAAAGCUUAUAUUUCGUGAUGCUUCAAAUAAUAAGCUGCUGCUAAUACACUUGUGGUUUAACUUUCAACCAUUAGGGUUUGGAAUGUGAUGUAUGGUGCUGAAUAUUAUAGGUACACUGCAUGACCUUGUUGUCUAGGCUUGGUAUCCAAUUGGUUGUGUUAAUUGGUUAGCUUUGAAACUUGUGGCUAGGGGUUGUUCAUCCCUAAAAAUUGGUAGUUUAUUGUCAUCAUCUCGACCGUGUAAUAUAGCAUCAUCCUUCAAAUGAUUCAUGAAGUUCUAUAUAAGUUAUGCAGGGAAGUAAUUAAAUGUAAAUUUAUUGAACCAAAGUCUCAAAACUGUCACCAUCAA